AAAUUGAAAAAGGCCGAGAUCUCCAAAUAAUACCGCGUCUAACAUGUCUCCAGCAUGGUGGCCCGUCGCUGUCAUUGCCUAUGCUACAUUGCUUUUGGCUACAGCUGCUAUAGUCAAUGCUACAGUCAAAGACCCGUACAUGGACGAGAUCUUUCACAUACCACAGGCACAGCGAUAUUGCAAUGGAGACUACUGGACUUGGGAUCCUAUGAUAACCACUCCUCCAGGGCUCUAUGUAAUCAGUAGCAGCAUAUUAACUCCUUUCAUGCAAUGGCUUCAGCAAGAUUUAUGUACGACAGCGAUUCUACGUGGGACCAAUAUAAUUUUUGCCACCGGAAUUUUAGUCGUAGUGUCAAGAUUGCUCAAGGUUUUGCAUCCAGGCAUUGAAUCCGCGCGUUUGAGCCUGUACGCGCUUGCUCUCGGCUGCUUUCCUGUAUCUUUGUUCUACACAUUCUUAUAUUAUACCGAUACUGGAUCGACGUUUUUUGUUCUUCUCUCCUACUUACUGGCUAAGCAGCGUCGAUAUUGGAGUAGUGGCCUGAUUGCUUUGGUGUCUCUAGCCUUUCGACAGACCAAUAUAGUGUGGCUGAUUUUCACUGCAGGGAUUUCGGCCGUUGAUAUACUUGCUGUGAACAAAAAAAGUGAUGACCGCUCCCAAGCUCUCUAUAAUCCCUCGGUAGAUAAGGCUACGUCCAUAGCCCAGUAUCUGCAGUCUGUGCAAUCACUAGUAAUUCUGGCUAUAACCAAGUUGCCUCAAUUGAUUCCACGACUUUCAACUUUUAUUCUUUCCAUAGGUGCUUUCGCAUCCUUUAUAUAUUGGAACAAGGGAAUCGUUUUGGGCGACCAUAGUGCCCAUGUAGCUGGACUGCAUUUCCCUCAACUUUUCUAUUUUAUUUCUUUUCUCACUUUCUUUGCCCUACCAUUCAUGGUAGAUUCCAAAAUAAUGAAGCGCGUAAUGCAACAACUACAAACACUUUCUCUUAGCUGGUUUAUUUCUGCGGCUGCCAUUGCUUCAGGAAUAAUGUACCUCAUUCAUAAUUAUACCUAUGAGCAUCCAUACCUCCUAGCAGAUAACCGACAUUAUAGCUUUUAUUUAUGGCGAAAGCUGUACAAGAGGCACUGGAGCGUUCGCUACCUCCUUACGCCCAUCUACAUGGCGUGCGGAUGGCUUUGUUACAUCACAAUCGCCCCAUCCGUGACAGUUCUCUUUCUGCUUGCAUUCUCAGCAGCCACUGCGUUGACACUGGUUCCUUCUCCGCUUUUGGAGUUCCGUUACUUCAUCAUCCCAGUAUACAUUUUCCUAGUGCAUAUCAAGGUUCCCAGCAAAUUCAAAAAUGGUCUCGCUAUUGUACUUUAUCUAUCAAUCAAUGCAUGGACGAUCUGGAUGUUCUUGCAUAAAGGCUUUAUUUGGGAUUCUGAAAUAGGACGUGUCCAACGAUUUAUUUGGUAGAGUCUGCCACCCGCAAUAGAAGCAUAUUCACCGCUCAUAUUUAGACACCUUGUUAUACCAACCUCGUUUUGUCACUAUGAUGUAUGCAGGGUUUUCCAGAGGAGAUCGUCAGCUCCAUAACUAUGUACCAUUCUACCUCCAAGGCAGCACACUCAAUCCCAUACAGAACAUUGCGUUAGGUUCAAAAU